GUCAUAUUAAGAUUUAUAAAGGAAAAUAUGAUAUUUACGAAUUUUGCAAGGAUCCAAAUGUAAAACUACAUAAAAGUAAUAUAAACAUUACGAUGAUUCCAGUGGCGGUCGAGGACGCAACUCGUUAUCCGCCCGUUUCACGGUCUCAAUGCUCCAUUCUCACCGCUUCCUCUCCCACUUCGCCCCCUUCGCUUCCUCCCCAAACCGUCCUCCUCCUCCUCCUCAUCCUCCUCUAUUCCUCCGCCACGCUGCUUCCGGCGCCCCGCUUGGCGUCCGCGCAGCCGGACUCCGGCCGUUGCUCGCCGAUCUCUCGGAGACCGUUGUAGAGCCGGAGGAUGGAAGCGGCGGCGGCGGCGGCACGGGAGGCCCCGUCGAACUCCCGCCAUCGUCUGGCCCCGCCAUCUUCGCAGUCGAUGAUAACCCUACCCCGCUUCAGGUCUCCACCAGCGUCCUCCUCACCGGCGCUAUCUCCGUAUUCCUCUUCCGCUCUCUCCGCCGCCGCGCGAAGCGAGCCAAAGAACUGAAAGUGAGGUCGAGCGGGGUGAAGGAAGCGAAGAACCUAAAAGCGGAAGCUUUGGAUAGCUUGAAGGCGGUUGGCGCGGCGCCGCUGGAGGCCGCGAAGCCACCCUCCCCCGCGCAAGCAUUGCUGGGUGGUAUUGCGGCCGCGGUCAUCGCCCUCAUACUUUACAAGUUCACCACCACAAUUGAGGCUGCUCUUAAUCGUCAGGCUAUCUCCGAUAGCUUCUCGGUUCGUCAGAUAACAAUAACGAUAAGGACUAUCAUAAAUGGUCUUUGCUACCUCGCAACAUUUGUUUUCGGUGUCAAUUCCAUCGGCUUGAUGCUCUAUGCUGGUCAGCUUGCUCUUGGCUCCAUAACAGAAAACCCUAAAACAUCACCAACUUCGGAGAAAGAUGAUAAUGGUCAGCUGAGUCAGAUGGCAUCUGCUGAGAGCACUGCCAAUGUCAUCGAACCCAGCAGGAGUGACACGCCAGAGAACUCGGACGACACCAAAUCACCAUGAAUAAAUUGGAUGUGUCAGCUGUUAGUUUUGCUUCUUUGUACCCCUGUACAUGUUAAAUUUAUUGAUCUACCAUUUCAAUUUUUUUCCUCGA